UUAUGUUAUGACAAGCACGGGGUCUGCAUUGCUGGCUACGGACACGGGCUUCAUGGGGCCCACUUACUCCAUUGCAGCAGCUUGUGCCACUGCUAAUCACUGCUUCAAUGCUGCUGCAAACCACAUCAGACAAGGCGACGCAGAUGUGAUGGUGGCCGGUGGAACGGAGGCUCCACUGAUUCCACUUGGAAUUGGAGGUUUCGCAGCCUGCAGAGCCUUGUCUGUGAGAAACGACCAACCACACAAGGCGUCGAGGCCGUGGGACAGAAACCGCGAUGGAUUUGUGAUGGGAGAGGGUGCUGGAGUGUUGGUAAUGGAGAGCAUGGAGCAUGCCAUGAAAAGAGGAGCCAAGGUUUAUGCAGAGUAUUUGGGAGGUGCAACCAACUGUGAUGCUCAUCACUUGACAGAUCCACGCCCCGACGGCCUUGUCGUUGCGUCUUGCAUAAUCAGGGCUUUGGAAGAUGCUGGAGUCUCUGCACAAGAGGUUAACUAUGUGAACGCUCAUGCAACAUCAACUCCAGCUGGAGAUUUGGCUGAGGUUCAAGCCAUCGAAAAAGUAUUCAGCGACACCUCUCACUUGAAGAUGAAUGCCACCAAGUCAAUGAUCGGACACGCGCUGGGAGCUGCGGGUGGGUUGGAAGCAAUAGCGACUAUUAAAGCAAUCAACACUGGUUGGUUACAUCCUACACUCAACCAAGAUGAGUUGGAGGCUGAAGUCACCAUUGACACUAUCCCAUAUGUGAAGAAGCAGCAUCAGAUAAACGUUGCCAUAUCCAACUCAUUUGGGUUCGGAGGCCAAAAUGCAGUAGUAGUAUUGGCGCCCUUCAGCCCUUGAGACGGUGUCUUCCACAACCAUAUAUGAGCAUAUAGGCAAACUCAGAAUCUAUCAAGAAUUAAAUGUAGCACAUUCUACUUCACAAUGCUCCAAAAGAUAAAGGAGAUGGAAAAACCAAUGAAGAACCUCUUCUUUGAUCUGCUUUUCUACAGUAGUUGUUUGCCAUAUGUAAAUUCAUUUUUCAAUAAUAAUUUCAUAUAUCAUGUUGUACUUAUUCUGAUCACGUGUUAACAGUAUCACUUUGAAUACAUUGUUUUUUGUUAAA